AUAUACAGAUCAGCUCUCAAAAUGUCUUCUGUGUCUUCCGUGCAUCUUCUAAGACAAUUGCAUUAGCCCGCCUGCUAGUUGACUAAUAGAAUUAAUAAUUGUAAAAAGCACUCUAAAGCCACAUGCCUUAUGAAGUCAAUGCUGGGUAUGAUUUUACAAAUAUGGUCCGGAAAAAGAACCCCCCUCUAAGAAACGUUGCUAGUGAAGGUGAGGUACAGACCCUUGAGUCUACAGGUACUGAAAGUGAAGAGUCUGGAAGGAAAAAAGAAUUUUCCACAGAGCAGAUGCAAGAAAACACUGACCAGGGUGAUGCGGCAGAGUUAAAUAACAAGGAGGAGCUUUGCACGCAUGUCCAAGAGCCAUCUUCCAGCAUUAAAAAAGACUUGAAAAGCUCAGUGCUGAGUGAAAAGGCUGGCUUCAAUUAUGAAAGCCACAAUAAGGGAGGAAAUGUUCCAUCCUUCCCUCAUGAUGAGGUGACAGACAGAAAUAUGCUGGCUUUCUCAUCUCCAGCUGUUGGGGGAAUCUGUGAGCCCUUGAAGUCUCCUCAAAAAUCAGAUGCAGAUGACACCCAAGAUGUGGUCUGUACCCCAUCAGGAGAUGCAGCGGAGACAAAUGAGGAGCAUCAGAUGUCGCCAAAAGCUUCAGAUGAAACAGUGCAAGUGCAAAGUGGUCAAACUGAUGGCCAAGGCUCAAGCCCGGUCCCCAUGGCCUCAAAAAACCCACAAGUGCCUUCAGAUGGGGGUUUAAGGCUGAACAAAUCUAAAGCAGAUUUGUUGGUAAAUGACAACCCAGAUACGGCGCCUCUGUCUCCAGAGCUUCAGGACUUCAAAUGCAACAUCUGUGGAUACGGUUACUAUGGGAACGACCCCACAGAUCUCAUCAAACACUUCCGCAAGUACCACCUAGGACUGCACAACCGCACCAGGCAAGAUGCUGAGCUCGACACUAAAAUUUUGGCUCUCCACAACAUGGUGCAGUUCAGCCACUCCAAAGACUUCCAGAAAGUCAACCGCACUGUGCUUUCAGGAGUGCUGCAGGACAUCAAUUCCCAGAGGCCUGUCUUACUAAAUGGGACUUACGAUGUACAGAAACUCUACAACUUCUUUGUGGAGCAGCAAAUCAAACUAAGGUCAUUAUUAUGCAUAAAAGCUGCAGUCUUUGGACUGCUGUCUUACUAA